AUGGCUGCUAUAUUCACCAAAGUAGCUCAAGUUGGGUUGAAAACAGGUGGAAAAGUUGCAACCAAAGCCAUUGCUAAAGGUGGCGCCAAGAAGGUGGGAAAAGUGGCUGGAAAGAAAGGCGCUAAGACUCUUGGUAAACAGGCGGGCACUAAGAAACUUCUCAAGUCUGGAGCCAAAAAGACAUUAAAGAAUCAAGAUACCGAUGGUGGUGGCGGUAGAAACCGAUCUACUUCUCCUGGAAUGCAAAGAAAACAAGUGAGAAUUAAAUCACCAAGUCCGACCAAGAUGAAACGAUCAAAAUCUGAAGGUAAGAAGUCUGAGAGGUCGAAAAGUAAAAACAGAAGUAAAAGUGCUGGAGGGGUUAGCGAUGAAAGAUCAGGCAAACACAAGAAGGCCAAAGGCAGAAGGAAAGAUGAUUCUGACGAGAGUAAUGAUAGUGAAGAAGAGGAUGCCGAAAUGGAGGAAGCUGACAAGCGAAAGACUAAGAAAGGAAAGCUCUUUGAUCCUGAUACAGAAGAGGAAGAAGAGUCACCCACGAAAGUGAAGAAAAAAUCCAAGAAAUCUUCCCAUCUUAAAGAAGAGGCGAGCGAUAGUGAGGAUGAUGGUAAUGAGGCAAAAGAUAAAAAGGGAACGAAGGAUAAAGUUAAGAAAUCUGGAGGAAAAGAUCCGCACAAAUCUAAAGAUAAAAAGACGGAAAAAUCUAAGAAAACGAGAAAGAACGAUUCAGAAAGUGAAGAUGAGCGACAUAAAAAGAGUGAAAAGAAGAAAGGAUCAAGGAAAAUGGAAACAGAUUCUCUUAAAAGUGAAGAAUCGGAGUAUGGUAGUAUGGAAAAAAUAAAAGAUGAGAAAACUCGCAAAAUGAAGUCCAAAGAGAGCGAUGAAACCUAUUCGGAUGACACCCGGAGGAAAACGAAGAUUGGUAAAGACAAAACGGAGGGAGAUAGCGACUUAGAUGAUAGAAAUAGGAAAAAUAAACGUGAUGAUAGUCAUCAACGAAAAUUUGAAAGUAUCAAACGAGGAGAUAAUGUGCUCACAGUCAAAGAAGGUAGUCAUAAAAAAAGAGGAUAUCACGACAAUUCAGAUGAAGCAAGCGAUACCGUUGACUCGAAUAGGUCAAACAAGGAGGAAAGAAAGAGAAGUAAAAAAAAUGACGAUGGCAAAAAGGAUAGAAAGAGUAGAAAGGAUAAAGAGAAUGAAAAAGGAAAAGACGAUAAGAGAGACAAAAAGCGUGACAAGGAUCGGCGUAAAAAAGAUGACGAUUCUGACGAGGAACAUCACAAGGGUCAAAAGAAGGAAAAGAAGGAAAAGAAGGAGAAGAAGGAAAAAAAGGAGAAGAAGGAUAAGAAAGAGAAGGAGAAAAAGGAGAAAAAAGAGAAAAAGAAGAAAUCAAAGAAACAUGAUGAAGACAUUACUACAGAUUCGGACUCGAAACGGAGUUCGAGUAAAGGAAGAGGAUCUUCAUUUUCAAAAAAAGGAGACAAAAAGAAAGAUUCAAUUACACUUUCAGAUUGCGAAGAUGGUGAAAUUUGCUUUAAAAUACGUAAUUGCCGUCCCAAUAUUGAAAUUUCCAAAGAUACUGGCAAGUGUAGCUGCUGUUUUUCAAAUGGGCAAAUGUCGAAGUCGGAGCUUUGUAGAUUAAUAAAUGAAUUUUCAAAUGACUCCGGCGAUGUGAAUGUUGAGAAAUUGGCACAAUCCCUAGUUAAACGCACCAACAUAGCUUCGCAACCUGCUCCGAGAAUCACUGUUACACCACCAGUAAUGUAUCCUUCGCCACAGCUUACUGAUGAAGAGAUAAAGACAGAGAUAAAAUGCGCCAAACUCCGAGAGAAAGCUCAGAAAGCUAAACUUAAGAAAGAAGCGAAGAUGAUGUCAGCAAAGAUGGGUCUCAUGCAGAAAUUGAGAAAUUCAGAUGCGGGUUCGGAUGUGCUUACCCCGAGUGGUUCUCCAGAAUAUGUGUGCCAAAAAAUUGAAGACAAUCCGACAGUUGUACCACAUCUUAUUGCAAGACAACAAUGUCCCACUGUAGAAGCUAAUAUUAUGGGGCAGACUUCUCAACCGUGCAUAAGCGAAUUUGAACAAGAAAAGAAGGUUGAUGAAAAUGAUGAAUGGUUGAAAGCUUUUGAAAUGGUUGUGAAAUAUGACAAUGCAAAAGAUAUUCGAGCGACUCAAUUGAAACAAGAGGAGAUGAAGUUAGAAUGCAAGUAUCUUAAGCAGGGCCAAGCAAAGCACUUUAAACGCAGCAAAACUUUCGACAGCAGUCGAAAGGGCUGGAUGAGUGGAUGUGGAACAUGUAUCGAUGUGGGUAAAAACCCCAAUCGAUCUAAAUUGGACCAUCUCUAUGACUUGAUUUAUGCCUUGAGAGGAGCUCCUAAAAUGUGUCCUUCUAAGAAUAGUAAUCAAGUUUCAAAUGAUCCAACGGCGGCUCCACAAGUGAUUCCUGUAUAUGUACCGUGGGAGUUGCCUCAAUGUGAUCCUUAUGGAGCUUAUUACCCCGCGGAUGGAUGCGGAUAUGAAAAUCAGGGAUAUUAUCAACAAAGUCAAUGA